CUCUGCGUCUAUAAUUAAAACGUAGUUUUCAGCUUUUGAGUCAGAGAUAAAUCCCUAUUGGAAACAGGUGUCUUGCGGCAAUUAAGCGAGCGCCAAUUGCCAGUUCCAACAAAAUCAGCGGGAGAAUUGGCGACACGCCUGUUUGUGUUUGGAUUUAAAUUAUUGAAACUUUUCUCCGUCAAAUUUGUUUACUUUUUUGUUCUAAUAAGGCGCUUGUAGAGGCGUUAUUGAUGUUUUAAUGCAUAUCGCGUGGUAUUUAUUCAGCCUAUAAAGUCCAUGAACUCAUGCGGUAAUCCCAGUUGCCUUUAUGGAUGCGUUUAUGUGGGACAAAAAUUAGCAAAGCAAUGUUUCUUUGGGCCUCGAUGUUAAUGGCGGUGGUUCUUACCACAGGAUCUUGUCUGGCGGAUGCCAUCUCGGUAAGGAUAGAUGUACAUCCGCUGAACAAAAGUUUUAAUCCGGGAGACAACGUGACCUUGACCUGCCUGGUGGAACAUGGCGACCCUGCUGACGUCAUUCUUUGGUAUAAAGAUGAUCAGCCAGUCAGCGCUAACAUUUAUUCCAACUCGUCACAGUUGGCAGAGAUAUCGCUGUUGAAUGUCACUAAGAGCGACGCUGGAAGAUACAAUUGCACGGUGUGGAAAAGACAAGUCAAGCACACGGAUUUUAUAGAUCUUCAUAUCAACGCUGCGCCUACAAUAAAACCUUUAGAAGACGAGGUGGGUGCCUUAAGAAACAAAGAUAAGGAAAUAGUCUGCGAGGCUGACGGGUGGCCGCCACCUUUGAUUAAAUGGAAACAAGAGAACGAUGAAAUUAAAGACGGAGGGGAUUACAGCCUCAAAGCACUUCCCAAGCAGAACCAGGUGAUAUUGAUUAUCAGGUCAUUUGAUGACAGUCACGAGGGUGCCUACACGUGCGAAGCCAGCAAUGCGUUUGGAAAAACAAAUCAAAUCGUUCAUCUCUUCACCUUUGAGCAACCAGUCAAACCCCGAGGUCCACAGAUAAUUGUGAAUUCCCAUCACGUGAUCGCCAGUGCCGGAUCGAACGUCACCCUAAUGUGCGACAUUCUUAACGUUCGCCAUUAUUACGCCGUUUGGCUGUGGACAUUCAAUGGGAAUUCAACCAUACUUGAUGAAAGGAUUCCCAGUCCAUACUAUUCGCAGACUGCGGUGAAAUUUGAUGACCACCGCAUGACUAUGGUGCUAGACGUUAUCAACGCUUCUGAAAGACACAGUGGGUUAUACGAAUGUAGCAUUUUUGAGUUGGUGUGGUUGGAGAAGAAUAACAUCACUUUGAUCGUUGACGAAAAAGAUAAUGUUCAAAACAUUUCUACCAACUUGGAAACAGUGCAAGCAGCGGCGAACACCCAAGUCCAGCUCAAGUGCAUAACAUCGUACUCAAAAUUCCUGGAAACUGAAACGUUUUGGAUGUUCCAAGGCGAUGAGUUAAACGAGACAGAUUCACGCUACAAAACCGAGACAUACAAGUUAAACAGCUCGGAGCUCAGACGUGAGGAACAAAUGUCUUUGUGGAUCAGCAUCGUUUCCGAUCCAGAUUUUGGCCGUUACACCUGUGCAUUGAAUACGUCCAUGGGAUUAUCUUCGGCAACGCUCGUUCUUGCUCAGAUGAAAUCAAAAACGGACUAUUCAUCUGGGGACACGGAAGAAAACGACUCAACUGUGUUAAUUAUUCUUUUUCCUGUUCUGGCUGGAGGAUUAUUGUUGGCCUUGACUGCAGUGGUGUUCAUUCGAAAGUUGCUGAAAAAAAGACAUGAAUGGAAACCUGAAGAGGCAGCAAGUGACGGAGAGAUCAAAUAUGACGUCUUUGUGACAUUCAGCAGCAAAGACAGCCAGUGGGUAACGAGCAACCUGACCCCUCUCUUGGAAAGGAAUCGACUCAAGUAUUGCAUCCACAGCCGAGACUUCGAGCUAGGAAGAGCCCUGGUCGAUAACAUGGCCGAAAGCGUGUACUCAAGCCGUAAAGUCCUAGCAGUAAUGUCCAAGAACUACAUGGACAGCAAGUUCUGCAGAGGCGAGCUGGACAUGGCAUUGCACCGAAGUAGGGGUGCCCACAAAGGUUCCUUGCUGAUCGUUAGAAUUGACGGGAUCAAGAAAAAGAAACUGCCCAAGGCACUGAGGGAACAGACAUUUGUGGAUUAUCACAGCGACAAGGAACGAACCAGUUGGGAGAAGAAGUUGUUGCGAUUUCUUGUUGAAACUGAAGUUGACCAAAGUCGAUACGUCACCAAACUCUAAGCCGGUUUAUCUCUUCGGCAGUUAUGACGAAGUCUAUAGUGAAGUUGAGGCUUAAGGGCAGCUAUCUACAUGGAUGCCGAUUUUAGAACUCUAAGGCUUUACUCUUAGAUGAACCAGAAAAAAUUUCAAAUAAUUGCAUUUUGACCUUCGUAGCUCAUGGCAGGUCUAUUUAUAGAUGAAAAGAUCUGUGACGAUCGUAACAUAUGACCGUUAGUUACACAAAACGAGUUGACCUGAUAAAGAGUGCUGUCCUUUUCUUGGUAGCCAAAAGGCUCGUUUCUAUAAAGCUCUUUUCCACUGUAUAGGCCUCUCUUCCAAAGGGCUGUAAACUAUCAAAUAUUAAUGAUACGUUUAGACAAAUUAAGCUUGUACUGUCAAGAGAACAGCUCCAGAUGAAGGCACCGAUUGAGUAGUUUUCAUUUGAAUUGUCACAACCACACAUUCAAAUGUUGGAUACACUUUGUACAGCUCAAUAAACAGUACCACAUGAAAAUACUGCUCAAUCGCUCUCAUUUAAACGUUAAUAAGCCGAGGUUUGGUCCACCGAGUUAACACAAUGAACCACGUAAAUUGACUUGAAUGAAACUAAAACCCUUUCAUUAGCCUUCUGAAGAUAAAAAAAGGGAAAUGGAAACAAAACAAACAAGUAAACAAACAAACGAGAAACACCACCAGCACCAUCACAAACAAAAACAGGGAAACAGGAUUUUUUUGAUCAUUGGCAAUUUAGGGAAGCUUUUUUGCAUAAAUCUAGGGGGGCGGGGGGGCACCAAAGGCAAAAGUAAGACAGGCACAUAGUUACUUUACGUAUCGCAGUCAUUUGAGUAGCGCUAUAUUUGCUCUCAUUGAUAACCUUUGAUGAGUUUAGUGAUAAGUACAGCCAUGGUCGAGAGUCCCUUCUACCAACUACGCUGUUUCUGCAGUUGCAAGCGGUUUGACAUUCAAGCGAGGAGAGUUACAGUAAUUGAGCAAAUCUGCCUUGUUAUGACUCUUUCGCCUCGUUCGUAUGCAUUUUUUACAUAAAAGAAUAUCUGACCGCAGACUCAACCGCAAUAACAGCUGUUCACAUUCUACUCUGCAAUUUAACACGUAACUGAAGAUAGCAGAGGCUGCCAAAACAUGUCUUCCAGGAAACUUUAAAGUGUUGUGUUUAUCUAAGAAAGCAAUCAUUUAGUACAUGAGGGAAGAAUCUCGGCACAACUGAACUUUAAGUAUUUCUUUGACCUUUAUGUAAGCAAAAUAUAUAUAUCUAUUAAUUUACAUAAGACCUGCUUAUUAAUUUCACAAUCAAGUUUCUGUUAUUGUUCGGUAAAAAGAUAACAUUUUUGAACUGAAAGGUAACAUUUUAUCCUUUUAAAUUAUAGAUAUGUUAUUUACAAUAUACAUUUUGGUAGUUAAUAAAAGCAAGAGAACAAUUAACUUUGUGAGAGGAUUUUCGUCUUUUUAUCCAAAGAAGAAAUAUAUGUGGAAGGACCAGUUUCAACUGCAUACGGAGCCUUGUUCCUAGGGCCUCUUCUCGAAAGAUGAAGACAAAAGUCUCUAGUGACGAGGCUGCGAAGGGAAUCUUUGCCGUCGUUGUUACAACUCGGGAAAAUGCGGGGAUGAUACCAUAGGUAGAAUAAGCAGGGGUUUAUAUUAACAUUUUCAGUAGGAAGGCAAAACUUUCAUGAGAGGACCUUUCCUCCUCAUGGUCAAAUGAGGCAGGUAAGAUCGUUUCCGCAGUCCAGCCCUUACUAUAGUGGGGUUCAGAGCCACCUUAAAUUUUCGAGAAUUUCAGGUGGCUCUGAACCCCAUGGACAGAAUUUUUUUAA